CGGCUUUUACUUGGAGACCCUUGUCACACACAGCUACCAGUCACAACAGUCAGGACUUCAAAGGCAGCCAGAGGCUGUUGGUGAGAAGAGUGAGUGACAGGAAUACAGACGCAGGGACAAUGAGUGGAGCUGAUAGUGUGAUACAAUAGAGGGACGGGCAGUAGAUGGAGACAAACUUUUGAGGCCGAAUAUAGAGAAAGUGAAAAACGGUGCAGUGAUAGAUAAUAGCGCAUAAAAGCUGUCGAGCAGAAGGACAGGACAGAUCCAGGGAAGGAGGAGGCAGGCAGAAGCAGACGUCCCUGGACAGAACAUUUCCUCCUCUUCAGAGCAUGGUGACAGAGUUCACAUGGAUUUAGUCGACCUCUACCUCCCGGAGUGUUUCACCUACCACUCUGACACAGAGCAUCUGGACAGGAUGUCAGUGAGGGGCUUGGACCCCACCUGUCCCUCUUCUAUAAAGCGUGAGCCUUCCAGCCCCAGCCCCAGCUCUCAGGGUGAUGUCAGCCCAGCCCAGCCCAGUCCUGGAAGCUCUUCCUCGGACACAAACUCCAGCUACGGUCCUCUCACCAAAGGCCACAAUCACAAUAAUGGGCAGGACUCGCCAGGCCUCUUUAGUCACACAGCGGGGUUGGCCAGUAAUGGAGGAGCAAAUAGGUUGGUGAGGUUUGGUGAGGAAGAAGGCCAAGUCAAGUGCGAAUUCAUGCUGGGCUCUGUAGCCAAGCGCCUAUGUCUAGUGUGUGGUGACGUGGCCUCUGGCUACCACUAUGGUGUGGCCUCUUGUGAAGCUUGCAAGGCCUUCUUCAAGAGGACCAUCCAGGGUAACAUCGAAUACAGCUGCCCAGCAUCCAAUGAAUGUGAAAUCACCAAGAGAAGACGGAAAUCUUGCCAGGCUUGUCGAUUUGUGAAAUGUCUGGCAGUGGGCAUGUUGAGAGAAGGUGUGCGUCUGGACCGGGUCCGAGGUGGCAGACAAAAGUACAAGAGAAGAAUAGACGCUGAGAACAGCCCAUAUCUACACCCUCAGAAUGCCUUGCCGCAGAAAAAAACCUUCUCUGUAGGUGGUGUGGUGGAGAACAAGGUGGUAUCUCUGCUGCUGGUCGCUGAGCCAGAGGGCAUCUUCGCCAUGCCGGAUCCCACGGUACCUGAGAGCGACAUCAAGGCUCUGACCACUUUGUGCGACCUGGCUGACAGAGAAUUGGUGGUCAACAUCGGCUGGGCCAAGCACAUCCCAGGCUUCCCCUCGCUCUCUCUGGCGGACCAGAUGAGUCUGCUGCAGAGCGGCUGGAUGGAGAUUUUGAUUCUUCGAGUGGUGUUUCGCUCGCUGGCCUUGGAGGACAAGCUUGUGUAUGCUGAGGAUUACAUCAUGGAUGAGGAGCAGUCAAAGCUAGCUGGCCUGCUUGACCUCAACAAUGCUAUCUUGCAGCUGGUGAAGAAAUACAAAGCCAUGGGGCUAGAGAAGGAGGAGUUUGUGGUACUCAAAGCUAUUGCACUUGCUAACUCAGACUCGAUGCAUAUUGAGGACUCAGAGGCAGUGCAGAGGCUCCAGGAUGUCCUUCACGGAGCCCUGCAGGACUACGAGACCAUCCACCACCCAGAGGAUCCUCGGCGAGCGGGCAAAAUGAUCAUGACCCUUCCACUUCUCCGUCAGACAGCUGCUCGUGCCAUCCAGCACUUCUGCAGCAUCAAGCAGGACGGACGUGUGCCUAUGCACAAACUCUUCCUCGAACUUCUAGAGGCUAAAGCCUGACCUGAACGCAGACAGCCAUUCGCUUCGUCCUGCAGGGGUUAGCAUGUGAGGAAGUGAAGGAUAACGGGUAAUCGUGGGGUUUCACGCCAUGUUUUUUUGUCCACAUCAGUUCGCAUUUGACAGUAAAGUCUCAAAUUUGCAAGUGGCAGGAACGUUUUUUUUGAAGCCACACCCUUCCUUCUACCAAUGAAAUAUUAAAUUAAAGCGGAAAAGAAAGCUGUAAAACUGGCAAGCUGUGUCUCAGUGACAAGGCCGUUGUCGUCUUUGCCGUUCGUGACACCGAAUUAAGCGUGCUGACCCGCUUCAAAGGAUGAAGACAAAUGGACAGGUGGCGUUAAAAGCAGAAGAGUCGCCUUCUAGAGAUAUCUACGGUUACAUGCCAAACUUAGAGCUUCUUUUCUCAAAAGACCACAUGAUACUUGAAAAUCCUUGUGGAUUACUUUAUUCAUCUUGAAGCCUGUAAAAUAUGCAUUCUAGUGCAUUUAGAGAACCUACUAUGACUUGGGUUUUGUUUGUCCUUUUUGUAUAGAAAAGGUAUACAUGUCCUAGGAGGUACUAGAGUAAGUCUUGCCAAAGAGUAGAGACUCAUAUUAUUGAAUAAUACCAGCAAAUAUCCACAGUAAUAUGAUGUGGCCUGUAAGGCAUUCACAUAAACCUUCAUCCCUGCUCUGUGGUUUAUUGCAAAAAUAUCUUAUAUAUAUAUAAAUAAUCACUACUUUCAUACAUCAGUGACUAAAGUGAAGCAAUUAAACGAUCAGCACCUAAUACAACAACAACUGAUAUCUGGAGUUUAGAGAAAAUUUCAGGGAAAGAGUAUAUCAUGAUGCAACUGAAGUGAUAUUUAUUUAGAAAGUGGCUCUGCUCUUUUGUUAUUUUUCUUUUACUCAAUGUGGCAUUAAUGAGCAAUUGCAGUGGAUAAUGAUUUUUUUUUAAAGAUUUUUAAAUGAUAUCAUUGUAAGAUAAUUUUUUACCAGCUUCUCUGCUACAGCACUAAUACCAAUACCAUAUCAUCAAAAAUGAAAGACAACGUGAUUAAACGUGGAGUCUGUACUUGAAGAUCAUAAUGUCGUAGAGCUGUGUAGACCCAUAGAUAUAACUUUAACUAUGUAAAAAAUACAAAAAUUAAAAUAAAUAAUGGCUGCCAUACUGUAUAAUCUGGAUUAGGGAGGCGCUCGAUGUCUUUUCUAUGAUAGAAGUCUGUGUAGGAUCAAAUUUGUGCACUACUUUUCCUUUUAGCCAUAAAGUCUGGGGAAACUGGUGAUGGCGCUCUGUUAAUCUGUUAGCGUGUUUUGUGUGAAGAGUCGUUUUUCUGUCUUUGUUUUCUGCACCUAUUAAAUGAAGGGAUUAAACUCGGGAAGGAACCUCAGUACACGGAAUUAAAAUGUCCAGGUCUUGCUCUUUAUUUAACUCAAGGUACUGUGACACUAUAAUGUGCUUUUUUUUGUGAUGAGAAAAACAGAUGUAGCAGCAGAAUGGCGGUUUAAAUGUAUGUCGUAUAUGACUUGCUGUAUAUACAUCACGUCUUAUGCCAACAGAUAAUGUCUAAAGAUGCAAUUAAGCUUUGUCUGGAUGAGCUGUACUGUGCUAUUUCAUUCUCAGGUGGAUUUUUUUGGGCAAUAAAGAUGAUCCCCUUAAUGCAAAAGCU